AUUUAGCUUUCUAAAUAUUAAGUUGGUUUGUGUGCUCAUAGAGGACCGCCCAUUUUGCCACAAAACACACGUAAUGAGGGCGCAGGUAAAGAAAACGGGAGCACAGUCCUGCUCUUACGCUGUCAGUGCUUUGCAGAAGGGAAAAGCAGAGGUAUCUUUUUUCUAAACUCUGACCAAACGCUCGGAAUAUGGCGCAUAAAUUCAUAAGGCACACAUAUUGUCUUCAACCCAAACUCAAUUCAUUUUUAUUGUCCUCGUGAUGAUAAUUCCAAACACAAUUUCGUUAGUAUUUCAUGUAUUUUUGUUAUUUUUUUCACACUGCUUGCUUUCUGGCUGUGUGGAACGGACGUCGUACAACAUUCCCCUUCUUCAUCAGCAGCCUCAUGUUGGGUUACUGUCCCUCCGCUGUCACUUUGACACCAGCCUCUCCCGGAUAGAUAGUAGUUACCGUGUCAAAUGUUGGUACGGAGGCACUAAAUAGUUUAUGAGCACUUUGAUGCGAUGGACGGUGUUUAAAUUUAAAGUUAUUUAUCAGAAUAGAGGAGAGUGGAUUCAGCUCAGGGGAUAGCAGACUUGGAAAGUGAAACGGUCAUGCGCAGUAAAGGCGGAACGAUCGUUCUUCCGAGGAUAUAAAUCCUUUUAAAACGAUGUAAACUUAACUUGUUUUACGUUUUUUUAAAUAUAUAUUUAUUUUUUCACAGAAAUUAAAAACAUUAGAUUUAAUGGCGGCUGAGGGUUAUUGUAAGGUGUUCUAUGUUUUAACCAAUCCAAUCGAUGCUCGAUCGAAAAUUGACUGAGGCACAAAUGAAUACAAAAAAUAAAAAUAAAAAGGAUAUUUACUUUAUGAAAACUAUUUGUUGCUUAUUGAGCUUUAAUUUGUCUUUUAAUAAACAUUCAGCAUAUCUACGAUUUUUAACCAGUCCUGUCGUUAUCGAGUAUGAUGCAUAAAUGCAUACUGGUUGUAAAUAUUAUUUCUAAUUAGAUUAUUUUUCGAGUAUUUUCAGUAAUAAAACACGUUUAACAUAUUUUUUUACAAUAAAUAUCUAUAUGAGAAUUACAUAAUUUAAAAGCGCAUUUCACAACACAAUUGAUUUAAAAAGGCAAUUUAACAUUAAAACAGAGAAGAAAAAAUAAAACAAAGGACAGUCUACAUAAACAACCAGCGUAGUAUAAAAAAAUAAAAUACUACUAAUUCUAACUGGACUUUCAAUUCUUAAAAAAACAACAUUUGACAUAUUAGUGUAAUAAUUGAACAAUGAUUUAAUAUUAUUAGAUAAAAUUAUUUCACUUUUGGCAAAUGGGGAAUUAUUUUUUGCACCUGUAAGUAAGUAAGUAAAUGUAGUUGGUGUUUAACAUAAAACAUUAUUUACUUUUAUAUCUCACAGGAGAAUGAAAUCUAAGAAAAAUGAAAAAAAUUCUAAAAAGUGUGUUUAGCUAAUACACAGAACAUGUCUAAAUAUGUAAUUAGAACAGAUUUACCAUGGUGGUGGUAAACAAAUGGCACAAACAUUUGCCCCUGAGCCAUAAAUAAUAAUGCUUUUUCCAUCUACACCUUUUAAUACAAUUCAGAUGCACAGCUGAAGUACCACAAUCAUUACAUUUGUGAACAAAAAGUCCGUCAGACUCAGAACUUGUUCCGCAGCAAACAGUCUAGCAUUACAUACACAGCGCUGUUUACAAUUGCUUGCCUAUAAGCGCAUUCUGGAGGCCACGGUUUAAAAAGAAAAACACUUUAGUUUUCUUACAUUGAACUAAAUAAUUACACUGAUUUCUUAAUUUUACUGGACAAAUUAGGAGUCAGACGUGAGCAGAAGUGUCAUGGCCAACUGACCAUUUGCUGGUCUCGGUUCAGUUUGCUGCGCCAUGUUCUGCCAGGCUUUGAUGUGAGGCUUAUUGUGUUCCAAGAACAAAAUAACUUACAAUAAACUACUCCCACGCUUUGCUCUUUGCUAACCGCUUCAUGUUUGAGCUCAUUUGUUUGGUCAUGUGACGAGCUCAUUUCUUCUGCGGUUGCCCAGUAAACAUACUUUGACAGCGGUGCUCUUGCGCCCUCUAAUACAUCCCUACUUUUUAUAGUGAAAUUAAAGACCGGGUUCACUGAAAAACGGUUUUUACUUGACCUAUAUGAUCAUUCACUCUUGAGUUUCACAUGCAGGCUGAGCAUGAGCCUUCUGCCUCAUUUCCUGCAUUAGCCUCCGUUAGAACAGAGACAGGGAAACAGUCAGCUCUGAAAAAGCUACUCAGAUCUACAUCAUACUUUAAAAUAAGCAUUCAUGGACUCACCCAUCUGGGCUCGGUACCAAGGAAGGCUGAUAUGGAUGUCUUGACUAGUAGAAGAUAUCCCUUAGCAUUAGCAACUCCAUAACAUGGCAGAACUCCUUCAGGCUUGAGCUAUUUGUGGAGAUAAAACAUCAACGUUGCAUUUAACCCAAGAAAGAAAAGCAAACGAAAGCAGUGGAAGGGUGGCAUUGUGUUAGCGAAUCAGAGGAGAGAUGUUCACAUAUGAUAAAUAACCUCCAAAAUGCCCUACUCUACAGUUAGUGUGUUUACAUGUGCAUCAGAAGACCAAACUAUUGCUCUAAAUAGACAGACAUUUUUUUAAAGUAUGUAAAUGUACUAUGGGCUUGACACACAGGAUGGGAGGCCAUUUUGCCUCUCCAGUAAUUUUUACUGAGCCAUGCACGACAAAGCGAUAAUCACGGGUCUCCCUCCUGCUAAGCGACAUGCGCGAAACGUACAUGUGAAAUUUUGCACUUAAGCAUGUGUUGUGCACAGGUGAACCAGCGACGCAAUCCCAGAAAGUUGAGGAAAUUUCAACUUUUCGUCGCUGUCGCUCGGACAAGGACCAAUCAGCGGAGGUUUCAUUGACUGACCAAUGUGCGGACAGGAUGCUUCUCGGGGCUACAGAGAGCGUAGGCAAGCACAUGCUGGAGGCAUGCAACAAUAACCUAGAGAUGGCGGUGACCAUGUUUCUGGAUGGGGGUGGGAUAGCAGAAGAGCCCAGCACCAGCUCCAGUUCCACAGCAUCGAGCAGCAGGGCUCCCCCCACAGACGAAGUGCGAGCACCCAUUCCCCAGAAGCAGGACAUAUUGGUGGAACCAGAACCUCUUUUUGGAGUGCCAAAGCGAAGACGACCUGCUCGUUCAAUAUUCGAUGGUUUCAGAGACUUCCAGACAGAAACAAUCCGCCAGGAACAGGAGCUGCGUAACGGAGCAACAGUGGAUAAGAAACUCAGCACCCUGGCGGACCUUUUCCGUCCUCCCAUUGAACUCAUGCACAAAGGGAGCUUUGAGACGGCUAAAGACAGUGGACAGCUGGAAAACAAGUGGCUAAUGAUCAACAUUCAAAAUGUCCAGGACUUCACGUGCCAGUGCCUCAACAGAGAUGUGUGGAGUAACGACGCGGUGAAGAACAUCAUCCGAGAACACUUCAUAUUCUGGCAGGUAUAUCACGACAGUGAAGAAGGGCAACGAUACAUCCAGUUCUAUAAGCUGAACAAGUUUCCCUAUAUUUCCAUCCUUGAUCCGCGCACAGGGCAAAAGAUGGUGGAGUGGAACCAGCUGGAUGUGGCGUCAUUCCUAGAGCAGGCAACUGGUUUCCUGACCGAGCACGGGCAGCUGGACGGGCCGUCCUGCCACGCGCCGCCUGCCAAACGAGCUCGCUCAGAAAGUCUUAUUGAUGCCAGCGAAGACAGCCAGCUGGAGGCAGCAAUCCGAGCCUCCCUACAGGAGACAUACUACGAGUCCUCAAACGUCCCCGAAGCCCCCGACUCCCCUCGGUCAGAGGACGAAUCAGACGCGGAGCCCUUUUCUGACAGCGAGGGACCCAUCUCCGUUGACGGCUCGGACAGCGAAACACCCCACGAAGAGAAAAGUUCAGCCAGCAAACACCCACCGGCCUCUUCGACCACUGCGGCCCAGCAGCGACUCCAUCCAGAUAGUUCCACGUCUUCACACAGAAAGUCUCCAUACAAAGAAAACAAUCACAGUCACAAGAAAGAGGAGAGCAAAAAGAAUCACCUGGAGCCCUCGUCUGCUGGUCCGAGUCGUCCUCAGCCUGAGGCAGACUCUGGCGGGAACCACUGCACGUCACAAGCCAAAAGCGCUGGAACAUCCAGCAUCAGCACCGCAACCUGUGACCUGGACUGUCUUGAUGAUAAUGGUCCCAAAGCAAGGCUGAUGCUCCGUUACCCAGAUGGACAGAGAGAACAGGUCUCCCUGUCUUCAAAAGCAAAACUUUUGGCUCUGGUGAGACACGUCCAGUCCAAGGGGUACCCUAACGAACGCUUUGAACUCGUCACCAACUUUCCCAGGAGGAAGCUGGCCCACUUGGACUAUGACAUCACGCUGCAGGAGGCGGGACUUUGUCCACAGGAAACUGUUUUUGUGCAGGAGAGGAACUAGCCUUCUCAGAAACACUUUCUGUUCAUUUAUAUCUCUGGUAGACCUCACCAAGAACCCGGGUCAGUGAAAUCGGCUUCGAUCCCCAAAUUCUCAUCUUUGGAAACCAGUCUUGUAUUUUCAGGACGGUUGUUAAUGGACGGACUACUUUAACUGCUACUCCACUAUUGUCUCAUUACUGAUGGCUUCACUGACAGCGCAAUUCCUCUCUAGUGCUCUCCAGUUUGGCCAGUAAGGCGUUACAAAUGUCAGCACUUGGUUAGUUUUUUUUAUGUUUUAUUUUAUAGUAGUAUCUAACUUGUUCUAAUGCGGCCUUUUGAACAUCUAGCGUCCCAACACGCACGUCUCCCGUUCAUCAAACCUCAAAUACCAGAUCGUUAAUUGGCGUUGGGUCACCAGGGACUUGUACAAAAAUACUUUUACCUCCCAGGAAAAAAUGUUAAAUGUCAGAGUUUAUUUUCUAUAUCUUUUUUUUUCUGUACAUGGGAAAAGUUAAGGGAGGCUCAUUCUUAUUUUUGAUUCAGUUUUUCUGACAUUGUUUAACUGUUGUAUUUACAUAGAAGACAAGAAGACUCCAAAAAAAGGUCCAAGAGCUGUCUUGAUGCAGAAGGGAAUGAAUUAAAACGUUGUACAUCUCACCAGUUGGACCCACUGUACAGAAACCGAUUCAGAGAAACUGAUAUUUACAUGUAGGAAUUGGGGUUUUUUUCUUCUUUUUUUAUAUUCUGACAAGAAAAUAUGCUGAUGAUGAAAAAUAUAACCACAAAAACGAGAUUCUGCUUUUGUUAAUGUUUUAAAUUGUAUGGGGACGGGGUGAGGGAAGGAUUAAAAUCUGAAACUCAAGCAGGAAAUCUUACAGAUUUGAUCAAAAUUCAAAAAUAAACAUGUUUAUUUACAACAAUGUGAUAAGAGUAAACAUAAAACACAUUUUCCAGCUUAUUAGAUUUUUCUUUGUCUAUGUUUUUAUGUAUGGGUUUUGUUUUUCCCAGUAAUUCAGAUUUACCUCAUAUAUAUUUAUAUUUUAGUACAGUUUGCUGCUUCUCAGUCACAUUUACACCUGAUAAGUAAAUGUUUUAGUCGAUCUCAAAACUUAGCAGCUGUGUUUCUCUUAAUUUCCUCAGUUUUCUACAUGAACAGCUGGUGGGGCUAAAGUGCCUUGGAUGCCUGCAAUUACUGUGGAGAUCAGUAAUUAGUGUAAAAAAUACAGGUUUUAAAACAUCCAACUAUGUUUGCUUAUGUUUUGACUGGUUUAAAAGCCUCACAGUCGAUGUGUUUGUGGAUUCACGCAUUUGUCAACAAACAAAUUCAUGUUUUAUUUCUAAUCUGUUGCAGCGGUCCCGUGAAUUUAUGAGAUUUUCCUGUAUUUGUCCGUAGAUUAGACCUCUGCACAGCUGGGUUGCUGUAAGAAUAUCUGUAGAGGGAUUUCAGCCUAAGCUGUGGCUUUUCUCUCUCCAGAAGCCACCAUAAACUGAUUCCAGAAAGUGGUUUUAGUUUUUACAAAUUAGAUUUAUUUUGUUGGCUAAUUUAAAAUAAUCUUUGAACAGAUCGAUUCUGAAUCAGAUGAACUGAAAUAUACAGGCGUAUUACACAUUUAAUAGGAAACUCAGGUGAAAAUUAUCAUAGAAAAUUGCUUUAGCGUGGCUUGGUACAAAAAAGUUCCAAGAUUUGUUCCAUGAACUUGUUGAAAUUUAAGAAACGUAUUAAAUCUCUUCCUGAUUGGUUUCUACUGCAAAUUGAAUGGAGGUUUUUGGGGUUUUGAAGCAGACUUCAAACAAUAAAGUUGUAAACACAUUGUUU